GUAGGUACAAUUUUAGCCUUUUGCAUUUAACCUGCAGUAAAUAGAUACUCAAUUUUGAGUUCCCUUACAAUUUUUGCAUAAUUUGUUAUAGAUUGCUGAGGUUGUAAGUAGCAUGAAAGAUCUAAUAGAUUUUUGUCGAGAACACAAGGUUGGGCCAAUUGAUGGCUUGAAAAACUAUCCUAGACAUGCCAGUGCAGCUAAGCUCCAAAUGCAAAAAAUGUAGGAAAUGGAGCAGUUAGCGAAUGCACAGGGUCUGCCAACUGACAAGAAUACCCUCAAUAAUCUAAUGGCACUUCGUCCUGGAAUAAACAACCCAAUGGGUACCACUCAGCAGAUGGAUGGUCGAGGAACUUUAAGCGGUUCAGCACAAGCUGCUUUGGCACUUUCUAACUACCAGAAUAUGCUCAGUAGGCGAAACUCGAUGAAUUCAAACCCUAACUCACUCAAUCAGGAAGCCUCUUCUUCCUUCAAUAAUUCUAACCAGAGUCCAUCUUCAAAUUUUCUAGGACCUGCUACGGUGUUAUCAGGAUCCAUGCAGAUCCUGCCUAUUAGUGGCUUAUCGAGUCCCCAUUUACCAACUCAACAGCAGCAACAGCUUACAGUAAGCGGUAAUAACUUAAUCCAAAAAAACCAUCCGCAGCCUUUUCAGGGUAACCAGGUUUUACAACAACAAAUGAUUUAACAGCUGUACCGUGAGAUGUCUAAUAACAAUACCGGAGUUCAACAACAACAACAGCAUUCCCUG